AUGCGCUUCCAAUUCCGUGGCUCGCCCGGCGCUGUUGACCCGCAAUUGCUCCUCUUCUUGAGCGAGCGACGAGAGCCCUCUGCAGAUCUGCGGAUCCUCUGGCCGGGCCUGCCAGACUUCUGUUACGAUUGUCCCGCGAUCAGGUCGUCGGUCGGAGGGGGUGGACCGAGGAAGCGCUUUAUAAUUAGAGAGCGGGGCGGGGCCGAAAUCGUCAGAGAGGCUGGGAGAUGUGCAGUCGUAGUGGGAGGGAGGGGAAGCAGCACAUCACGCCACAGGCUCAGGCACAGGCACAGGCCCGGCCCCGGCUCCGGCCCGACCGGGUACGGGUUUCUUUAA